AUGGCCUCCAGCUCAGAAGACAGUGAUGCCGACGUGACCGAUCUGAAUCCCAGGGCGAGCCUGCGUCAAUCAUCCUACAUUGACCCUUCCACUGGCGCACGAUUGAGCAAAACAUUCACCCUCCACAACUUCGACCCUUUCGAUGGCUCCCACGACAGCGUUGACGAGGCCAGUCCCCUCCUCGGGCAAAGUCGUGAGGCCGACACGUCCACUUCUCCCAAACAUGGUUGGCUGCGGUCCAAGAGCUUGGAGUUUCUGAAACAGGUCAAGCAAUUCAUACUCUCUGACACUGGCAAAGGAGUCUUCAAAUGCGCCCUCGCAUACCUCCUGGGCAGUCUCGCUACCUUCGUCCCGCAAUUGAGCGAUUUGUUCGGCCGACAGAACUCCAAGCACAUGGUCGCGACGAUCACGGUUUACUUCCAUCCUGCUCGAUCCCUGGGAAGCAUGCUCGAUGCGCUCAUUCUGGCGACGACGGCGUUUCUCUACGUUGCCCUCGUCUCCUUUAUGAGCAUGACCGUUGCGGCUUUCUUCGCAGACACGGUCCAUCUUAUUGAACUUGGGCACGCUAUCGUGCUGAUCUUUUUCGUCGGCGGUGGUCUCGGGGUGGUAGCAUGGGUCAAGCUGAAGAAGAACGAUCCUUUGGUAAACAUAGCAUGCUCGCUUGUAUCCCUCAGUCUGGUCACCAUCCUCACGAAAGAAGGGGCAAUCCAGGCUGGGGACUAUUCCGCGAAGUCGAUCCUCCAGAUCCUGAAGAUGAUUGUGGCUGGGGUCCUGGCGACGAUGCUAGUCUCGUUCUUGAUCUUUCCCAUCUCCGCCAGGCACAAGCUGAGGAAGAAUCUUAUCCAGGUUACCGACGCUCUUGCUGACAUGCUGGCGCUGAUCACUAGUAGCUUCUUGUCCGGGGACGAGGCAGAGCUGGAGGAUCAUGUGUUGCAAGGGAUCAGCGAUCAGCACAAGAAGGCGUCUUCCACCAUCACUCAGAAUUUGAAAGAAGCACGGUAUGAACAUUACCUGUUAGGCACCGAGCGACAGGCAUUGAUCGAAGCCCGACUCUCCCAGUGCAUUCAGCGAAUCUCUCAGAGCAUCGGUGGUCUGCGAAGUGCCGCAGCCAUGCAAUUCGUGGUCACCAAACAGCCUGCAUUCGGUCCCAUCGAAUCCUCAGCACAGCAUCCUGCUACGGCGGGUUGGAUGGAUUCCAUGGAGAGCUCCAGAAUCAUAGCAAAUGACCGUGACAUCUUGAGCUACUUUACACCACUGUCGCCAACUCUGACAGCCAAUUCACAGCGUGGUUCUACAAAUCCGGCCCCGUUCAGAACACCUGGGCAAAUUUUCGAGCUUUUCAUCCAGAACCUAGGUCCAGCUAUGAGAUCCUUGGCAUUCACGCUCAAGGAGAUCCUGGACGACUGCCCAUUUGAUGCGUCCAAGCACUACGUUGUCACGACCAAUCCGAAGUUUAAAUCUAGUCUCGACCGCGCACUUGACCUGUACCGGAGUUCCCGACGUCAGGCGCUCCUUGUGGUGUACAGUCAAAAGGACAUGGAUCGCUCUCGUCCGAUACAUGUGCAAGCAGACUGGGAGGAUGCCGCUGCGUGUUGUGGGCACUUCUCUUACUCUUUGGUUGAGGUCGCCGAAUCUGUCAAACAAUAUCUUAUCAUCCUCGAUGAACUCCAGCUCGAAGUCGAUGAGCAACCAGCUGGGAAGACUUGGCGAUGGUUGCAGUUCUGGCGAUCACGGUACGGUGAAACUGAUUUGGAUGGCCUUGAAUCCGACUUUGCGAAAACGGUGAAGAGGUCUGAUGAGGCCGAACUCCAAGUGAGCAACAAAAAUCUCAGGGUCGGGCGACACCACGACGAGCCUCAUUGGCCUGACCAACCACGCGUCAAACAAAUAUUCUUCCGUUACCUGUACGCAGCAGCAUCCUUCCUUCAGCGCGACGAUGUCCGAUUUGCCAUCAAGGUGGGUCUGGGUGCAAUGCUAUAUGCCGCGCCGAGUUUUAUACCUGCUACACGACCAAUAUACCGGCACUGGCGCGGAGAGUGGGGCUUGGUGACAUAUAUGCUUGUGUGCAGUAUGACGAUUGGAGCUUCGAAUACUACGGGCUACUCCCGAGUGCUUGGAACUUGUCUUGGAGCUUUCCUCGCUGUGGCCGUCUGGGAGAUAUCAAGGGAAAACCCAAUUGUCCUGGCGCUCCUUGGAUUCGGCAUGGCAUACUGGACAGCAUACAUCAUCAUUGGAAAGGGCAAAGGUCCCAUGGGACGAUUCAUCAUGUUGACGUACAAUCUCAGCGCGCUCUAUGCGUAUAGUCUCUCAGGAGUUGAGGACAGGGACGACGGAGACGAAGAGCAUGCCGGCAAGCAUCCUCUUAUCGUCACUAUUGCUGGACAUCGAGUAGUCGCCGUCAUUUCGGGUUGCAUAUGGGGCCUGAUCAUCACCCGGGCUGUAUGGCCUAUCUCUGCACGGCAAAAACUGAAGGACGGGCUAGCACUGCUGUGGCUGCGAAUGGGAUUGAUCUGGAAAAGGGAUCCGUUGGCCACCUUGACCGAAGGCCUUCAUCCCGACCGAUACAUGAAUCUGCGGGAAGAGUUCUACCUGCAGAGAUUCCUGGCUAACCUCCAGAGCCUAGCGGAAACCUCCAAGAGCGAAUUCGAGCUCCGCCGACCAUUCCCACACGCGAUCUACAGCCGGAUACUCAAAACCACCGAGCAAAUGCUGGGAAGCUUCCACGCCAUGAACGAGGUGAUCCUCAAGGACCCACACAUUUCACCGGGCGAAGAAGCUUUGCUCAAGGCUACAGUCAAUGAGCGAGCGCAACUGUGUCGACGCAUCAGUCACAUGUUCAGCGUUUUGGCAAGCUCGAUGAAGCUUGAGUACUCAAUCACCAGUGACGCGUUGCCGAGCAUAGAGCACACGAGGGACAGGCUGCUGGCGAAAGUAUUUGAGUACCGAAGAAGCGAUGCGCAGGAGCAGAAAGUCAAGGAUGAAGACUAUAGCCUGUUGUACACGUAUGCCCUCGUCACCGGCCAGCUAAGCCUCGGGGUCGAGAGGGUGCUGAGGGAGGUGGAGAAUCUUUUCGGCGUGCUUGACGAGGAGGCUCUGAGGCUUCAGUAG